GAAAAAGAUAGAGUUUGAAUGAUUUUAGGAGAAGGCCUUAUGUGUCACGUAAUGCAUAGUUAUUUCCCAAAUAACAUCCAUUCUUUGUCGCGUAUUGACGAGUUAAACCACUUUAUAACCACCAAAUUGGGUCAACCAACAUUAGACUAGUUCUUCAACUCAACUAAACUUAAACAAAUCAUCAUAUAGUAUCACAUAAUUCAAUUCAAACUUCAAAUAAACCUAUUUUCUAUACAAUUUCCAUUUGACAAAUCAGUCACCCACACCACCAACAACCCCAACAUCAAACAAAAUCAAACGGCCAAACAUUAAAAACAUAUAGUUUAAUAACUACAAACAUCAACAUAAUUAGUUUACCCACCCAUCACACUUCAAAAUUCAGUAUCUCCCUUCAAAAGGGUCAGAAUCUUCUUAUCUUUACAUCAAUUACAUCAUCCUAAUUAACUUCUUCUUAUCUUCGAUCAUACCAAAGACUAUACCCAUACGCAUGUAUAUAUAAAGAUUCUAUAAACUCAUAUUUAUUAUUUGAUCAUAUGAUAUUAUCAUUUAUUAUAAACUUCAUAAUAAUUGAGUUCUCCUGAAAAAACAUAAACAUAACUAACUAACUAAUCGUUAUGUUUCCGUUUUUCAGUUACUCGUUCAUCUUUGCGACCCUAUUACUUUGGCGCCCAUGUUUUGCCGCGAGGAUUAUACCAGAAUCCGUAACCGUAAUAACCACCACCGAAAAACACAACGCCACGUGGCACGAUUUCUCAAAAUUUCUUCACGCAGAGAGAGGUAGCCACGUCAGCGGCAUGGCGGAGCUGAAGAAAUAUUUCCACCGUUUCGGUUACCUUUCUCUGCCGGAAACCACUCCGAAUUUCACGGACACGUUCGACUCAAAUUUUCAGUCCGCCGUAUUCCUUUAUCAGAAACAGCUCGGUUUACCGGUCACCGGAGAACUCGACUCCGAUACUAUAUCAACAAUCGUUUCUCCGAGAUGCGGUGUUUCCGACACCGCAACAAAAAGAAUACACACCACGCGUCACUUCGCUUACUUCAACGGUAAACCACGGUGGCUUCGUGGUUCUCCGAUGACUCUCACGUAUGCUUUCUCACCAGACUAUACGAUUGAAACGCUCAGCUUAUCGGAAAUUCGAACGGUUUUCGAACGUUCCUUUAAGCGGUGGGCGUCAGUGAUUCCGGUGAGUUUUCACGAAACGGAGAAAUAUCAAUCGGCGGAUAUUAAGAUCGGAUUCUAUCUCGGCGAUCACGGUGACGGAGAACCGUUCGACGGUGUUUUAGGGGUUUUAGCGCAUGCUUUUUCUCCUCAGAAUGGUAGAUUCCAUUUAGAUGCAGCUGAAAAUUGGGCCGUUGAUUUUGAUCAUGAUGAUUCAAAGGUAGCCGUUGAUUUGGAAUCAGUUGCGACGCACGAGAUUGGUCACGUGCUUGGGUUGGGUCAUUCGUCUAUAAAGGAAGCGGUUAUGUACCCGAAUUUGAGCCCAAGGAAGAAAAAGGUUGACUUGAAAAUUGAUGACGUGGAAGGUGUUCAAUCUCUUUAUGGUUCUAACCCGAAUUUUAGUUUUAGUUCUUUGUUGCAAUCUGAGAAUUCGUUCAAUCUUGCGGUUCGGUUAGAAACCGGUUUGUAUAGAUGGAUAUUCUCUUUGGGUCUUGCUUUCUUGAUAUUAUUUUUGGGUGCUUCAUGAUUGUAUUCAUAUACUUGUAUUUUCAUUCUUUGAUCUAUGUAUGUAUGUAAAAAGAAAGAAUAUACGAAAGGAUAGAAAUCAAAGUUGAAUCACAUGGGCUAAACCCUAAUGAUUCAUAGUUUUAUGAUA